AUGACACAGAUACUCACCAAAAAUCCCCCCGAAUCAGACGACUUUCCCGCCGCUCGACGCAUAAUCCAAGAGACCAUCGAAGCCCGCGACCAUGAGCUCUGGGACAUCAAUCAAAAGAUCCACAGUACCCCCGAGCUAGCCUACUCAGAACACCAAGCCCACGACAACAUCACCUCCAUGCUCCAAUCACUCGGCUUUUCCGUCACACCCCACGCCCACGGUCUUCCCACCUCCUUCAUUGCCGAAUACGGCACCGGAGGACGUGUCGUCGCCUUCAACGCCGAAUACGACGCUCUGCCUGAAAUCGGCCAUGCCUGCGGCCACAACCUCAUCGCAAUGAUGUCCAUCGCCUCCUUCCUCGGCCUCGCGGAAGCCCUCAAGACAUACGGAAUCCCAGGCCGUGUGCGUCUAAUCGGCACUCCAGCCGAGGAAGGCGGCGGCGGAAAACUCAAGGUCAUUGAUGCAGGUGCAUUCCGAGACGUCAAUGCUUGUCUCAUGACUCAUCCCGGGCCUCCGGAUGCAUGUGUCGGGUUCACGGGGGACGCGUACAUGCCCACUCUUGCGAACCACAAAACCACGGUCCGGUUUACGGGGAAGGCUGCUCAUGCGGCGGUUGCGCCUUGGGAGGGCGUGAAUGCCUUGGAUGCGGCGGUGUUGGCGUAUAAUGGGAUUAGUGCUCUACGGCAGCAAAUUCAUCCGGUCAAUCGGGUGCAUUGCGUGGUGUCGGACGGGGGUAAAAGACCGAAUGUGAUUCCGGCCACGGCGGCGAUGGAUUGUUAUGUCCGAAGUCCGACGUUGGGAUCGGCGAAUGAUCUGCUUGCUAGGGUGAAGCGUUGCUUUGAUGGAGCUGCUUUGCAGACUGGUUGUGAGGUGGAGGUUCAGAUGAUUAAUACUUACGCGGACCUCCGUCCUAACCCGACGAUAUGCACUGUGUAUGCGGAUGAGAUGGCUAGAAUGGGCUCUGAGGUUAAGUGUGAUCUGCGGUCCUCAGGCGUACCGGGCUCGACAGAUCAGGGAAACGUCUCUUACGAGUGUCCUGCCUUUCAGGCGUAUGUUGCUAUUCCGGCUGAGCCUGGAUGCAAGAAUCAUACGCCGGGAUUCACGGCCGUGGCUGGAACACGGGAGGCUCAUGAUUUGUGUAUAGCGGCCGCUAAGGGAAUGGCACUUGUGGGUUGGAAGGUGUUGGCUGAUGACGAUGUUGCCUUGCAGGUGAAGAACAACUUCCAAACGGACAAGAUGCUCCGAGAUCAGGGAAAGGAUCCCCGCUCAUUGGAGUCGACGUACUAG